AUGGCCAUCAUGAACAGAGCACUCCGAGGCUUGGCAAGACAGCCAGUCUCCAGAUCGAUCGGCAGCAUUCGACCCUUUAGCAGCACAUUCGCACUACACGACACGAUCCCCUUCCACGUUGAUGGCCAAGGUACCGGAGUCGCACAGACUGUCGGCGUCAAGGACACAAUCCGCACCAUCAAUACCGACGCAUACCCAGCUUUCGGCGGCAAGAACGAAUACCCUUCGCCACUGCACUUCAACCUGACCGCACUGUCAUCCUGUACGCAAGUCACUGGUUCGAUUGUCGCCAAAGAUCAUGGCAUCAACCUGAAGGACUGGAAAGUCAGCGUGACUGGUCAGCUGGACCCCGCUGUCCUCGUUGGGGGCGCCGAGGGAAACGCGAAUUGGACUUCCAUCAAUCUUGAUGUCGAAGUCGCGACUGAUGCCGAUGGAGCGAAGUUCGAUAAGUGGACAAGUGAGGUUGAAAGGAGGUGUCCUGUUACGCAGUUGUUCAAGCGCAGUGGGGCUGAGUGGACUAGCAAAUGGGUCAAUAAAGCCUGA